CUUGACAGCCUGACAGACACUUAAAGUGUGAAGAUGAAUAAAAGAUACAUCACUCCUGAUGAGUAUAUUUUAAAAAGCUGUCAGUUGAUAACAUUGGCCUUUUCCUUGAAGAAGAGGCAACACUGAGUGGCGGACAACACUCUUUGGCAUCUCUCCAAUUCAGCUAUUAGCAUCUCCUAGUGUCUUCUUCACAGCUAACAACUUUGGCUACUUGCUCAUGACGCUCCCUCUCUGAUCACAGAGCAAAUCCACUGUCUCCACUGGUUUCCAGUACUAGUACUCAAUUCUACUCAAUCCCACCUGAUUCCAAGAGAUAUAAUGGAGAAGUGCACAAAAUCACCACCUACCUUGCAGGUAGAACCUUCCUUUCUUCAGGGAGAGAAUCUGAUUCUGCGGCCUCAAAUGCAGCAUCCAACCACGGAGAACACUGCUAAAAGGGGCCAAGUCAUGCCUGCCCUGGCCACCACAGUGAUGCCUGUACUGAACUCACUCGAGCAUCUCACCCAGUUUCAUGGUGACCCUGCCAAUCACUCAGAGUUCCUCACUCAGGUGACUACCUACUUGACAGCUCUCCAGAUCUCUAAUCCUGCAAAUGAGGCCCAGAUCAAACUCUUUUUUGAUUACCUAUCUCAGCAGUUAGAAAGUUGUGGAAUCAUAUCUGGGCCUGACAAGAGUACCUUACUGAAGCAAUAUGAGAAUUGUAUUCUUGAGUUCCAGCAGUCAUUUGGUAAACCCACAAAACAGGAAAUGAACCUUCUGAUGAAUGCUAAGUUUGACAAAGGGGACAACUCCUCUCAACAGGACCCUACUACUUUCCAGCUCCUUGCUCAAAAUCUGAUCUGUAAUGAAACCAGUCAGAAUGGGCAGUUCGAAAAGGCAGUAGAUGAUCUCAACCAGGAUGAAGAGAGUGUCACUGAUAUGAUGGACAAUCUACCAGACCUGAUCACUCAGUGCAUUCAGUUGGACAAGAAACACAGUGACAGGCCAGAGCUCCUACAGUCAGAGACCCAGCUCCCAUUGUUGGCUUCCUUGAUCCAGCACCAAGCCCUCUUUAGCCCCACAGAUCCACCACCCAAGAAAGGGCCUAUACAACUGCGAGAAGGCCAGCUGCCUCUCACCCCAGCCAAACGAGCCCGCCAGCAAGAAACUCAGUUGUGCCUCUACUGCAGCCAAUCUGGUCACUUCACAAGAGAUUGCCUUGCCAAACGUUCUCGAGCUCCAGCAACGACAAAUAACACAGCUCACCAGUAAGAGGAGACCAGGAAAGUCACUUUUUAAACUUAUAUCCCUCUCACUCCCAGCCGUACCGAUUUAUAUCCUGCAUUAACUUUUAAAAUAUGGAUGGGGAACUGUGACACCACUUUAGAGGCAGUUAUGAACUGACACGCUUUGGGGAAUUUAAACAAUCAGAUCUUGUUCAUUGGGAAAUUACCCCUCACCAAACCUAACCCAAGAAUGAUGAAAACAAUUCACAGGCACUUUCUGCAGUCGAGAUUAAUUCUCCAAGAGUACCAAAAACCUGCAGGCAAAACUUUGCCCAGUCUAAGCCAAUGAAAAUAACUCUGGAAGCACAUUGGGAACCUUAUCCUGACCAAUGGGUGACAUCUGGGUUGAGUUUGUGGCCAAAAUCCUGAAUCUCAUGUGCCUAGAAAUGAGCUCAAGACUUUUACCUUCACCUUUAUUGGUCUGUAUCUUAGUUUCCUAUUGGCUUAGGACCUUUGACUGAAGUCCAAAUGACAUUCCAUUAUUCUGCUAAUAUUCUCUUCCUAGAGCUUGGACCAUGUUUCACCUAUGGACUAGAAUCUACCUUCAGCAUAAAUCAACCUUCCUGGAACCUCAGCUUUGCCACCCUCCCAUAAAGCUAUGCAUUUUGUUUCCAUCUAAAGACUCAUGCUUUCCCAACAAACAGAAUCUCCUGGCUAUUUACAAACCAGAUUGAAUGAGCAUUUCAACACUGCUUGGAAUUGUUGGUCCCUUUCUUUGCAAACUAGCCCAUCAGGCAGGUAUAUUCUUUUAGCCAAGCCCACCAAUUCCAGCUUACUCUUCUCUUCUCCAACAACUUGAGGUUCCAGCAUGUCUUAUAGCCAAGUCAAUAUGCUCUAGGAUAAGGAUUUCCAAAAGGUAUUUAGUGAGAGUUGGGAACGAUGUCUCAUAAUUACUGUGUCUGUAGCAUGUCCUUGCUGCCUUGGACAAGGGACCCGGCCAAAUAAAUCUCCACUGAAGACUGACAGCCACACCCUGCAGUAGUUUCUGACUCUAGAAGCCUCAAUAUAGUCACCAUCUAGGGUUACUACUCAUUGCCAUUGAGCUCUACCUUUAUGGACCACCUCUGAGGUCCUUCAUCUAAUUGAGGAUCUUAAAAAACAAUGAAUGGCAAACAACUUCCUGCGCUAUCUCAUCUGAAAAAUCCUGGGGCACAUACAUUAAAACCAUCUGUGCAUGAAACUCAGGAAAUCAGGGUUUCAUUGCUUAUGUUUCAUUCUUGGUACACAACAGCUUUGUGUAUAGAUUCUUGAUGCUUCUGAACAAAAGUAGUGUUAUGCUAGAAAGGCACAACUCCCUAAAAUGUUAAAACUAUUCAGCGAUGAUCACUGUUUGCUGGUAAUUACCAGCCCUCUGUUCCCUGCUUCUUGUUGCUGAUGUAUGUCCCCAAAAUGUAUAUCCUGGAGAAAUAUCAGUAAUCACAUAUUCCCUAGCAACCAUCAAGGCCUCUCAGAACAUGAAAUGCCAUUGUACUUUGGCUUUGUUUCUGGAGAAUUAUGCUGACUUUGACAAUACUUAAACCCAGCUAGGACCUUACUACUCUGAUUCCGUAGUACCAACAAACAGAUAUUUUCACCUUGUGCCUUGCUAGCCACUAUACCAAUUCUUAUUUGCAUUCACGAAGGGUUUCCUUUAACAAUGGCUCGCUGUACAACCACAUUAUACGCUCCCACAACAGAGACCUGAGUGAACAUAUUCCAGUUAUACUAAGAAAUUCCGACUAUAGUACUGGGAUUGUAUGAGAUCUUCUAACAAGUAGAGCUAUUGAACUUAGAGUGACUCUGAAAUUACCUGGAAGUAUCUUGUUCUACCUCCAUCAAUUCUAUAAUAAAGGACCAACCUCAUAGCCUCUAGUCACUUUCCUUACCAAACCCAGUAUAGUCUUGGAAUGCUGAUAGGGGCAUUCAGUUGGCUUAAUCAACAACCUUUCCUUAUUUUAGGGCCAGGAUUCAUCAUUUUGGGUUCUUUCCCAAAGAUACAUCAUUUUAUUUCCUAUUUGGAUUUUCUCUUUGUAGCAAUGUUACCUUCUUUCCUUAGAAAUCUUCAGACUUCAUAGGCUCUCAGAAAACAUAACCAAUCCAGGGCUAUGAACUUCAGUUCGCCCUCUACUUCUGGGUGUCCCUUGUUGAGGUGCUCCAAAUUAAAGACCUUUUGUACGCUGUGAAGUACAAUCCAACAGCCAGACUGAGGAUAUGAAUGGGAUGCUGGAAUAAUGCUUUACUGCCUACUAGCUAGCAACCAUUUUACCAAUUCAAAAUUUUUGUUAUAAUGACACCAUCCAUUAUAUGCCAUUCACUUCAACUAGGAUAACUUAUGAUUUAACAUAAAGAGGAUUACAAGGGUGUGUCCUAAGAAAUAAUAGCUAUGUGAAUUCCUCUGAGAGUGAAACUACUUAGAAUCUACAGAGAACAGAUGAGAUAUAACCUACUCAAAGACGGAGUCAGCAACUGCAAAGGCUUGGGGAACCACCAGAUCCAAACAAGGUUGUUUUUUAAGGAAGCAGGUCUGCUAUAUAUUGAUGCCACCUAGCAAGAUAUAAUCUAAUCAUUUAAUGGUAAGUCUGAAGAAGAAUUUGUUAACAAGAGAAUAGUAUUCAUGGAGCACAGAAAAGCAAGAAGUUAAACAGAACGUUGGUAAUCCCCCUAAAUUCAGAGAUGAGUUGUUGACCAGCAGACUGUUUGGCAUGUCCACCCCUGCAAUGGCCAUUCCAAUUUGUGUCAGCCAUUAAGAUGGUCACCUAACUCCAUUGCUCUAAUCCCAUGCUCUCAAAGUAAUUUGAUUGUAAUUAGUUUCCCUUAUAAACUUUGUUAGGGAGAGAAAAUUUGCUAACCAGCUGACACGAGUGUUCUAACCUAUUUCUGAGUUAAUUCUCAUUAUAAUUGAAUAAAUUGGUGU